CCGUCAUGGUCGGACGCACGCCAAGCAGCAUGGCGUUUUGGGAUGCCGGUGAAGCUUUGCCUGUCGCGUCGAAGUUCCAGAGCUGGCGUCCGCUGCUAGAACUGCUGCCCGCUUUCACCACCAAGUGCGCAGGUCCGGAACGGACCAACCUUUGCCCAUUGAACUUGCGAGGCACCACGCCCUGAUUGGCCACGUGGGGCAAGAGCUCCCAGGGCGGGCAGCUCGCCUCGACUCACUGGGCUGCCGCCAAAGGGGCAACGUGUGCAACUCCAGUGCGCCGUCUCGUGUAGAGGAAGCUAGCUUGUUGGCGCAGCGGCCUCGACACUUGCACCUCCAUCCCCCCCAUCUUCGCCAUCACACCGAACGGACGGACGCGGUCAAUGAGUGCGCCCUCCCUCCGCUCGUCAACAUGAAGCCCUUGUCACUCGCAUCGGCACUCUUUGGCCUGCUGGUGACCAGCGCCGCCGCCUCCGGGUCCAAGUCCAAGGUGACGCUGCCCGCCGAGUUCAAGCCGCCCCAAGUCUUCAAGAACGCCAAUCUCGUCCACGUCGUCUCGCUCGAGAAGAACUACGUCAAGGAGCAGGUCAACGUUCUCAUCGAGAAUGUCUCCAAGCAGCCCCAGGAUGAAUACUACCUGCCCUUCACCGCGGAUCAAAUGUCCCGGGUCGGUGGCUUCGAGGUCAAGGACCGCAAGGACGCCACUGCCGGGCCUUUCGUGGCCGAGCGAGUCGAAUACGACCCGAAUAGCGAUGUUCAGUACUUUCGCAUCCGGCUCCCCGCGCCGCUCAAGGCCGGUGGCCAGCAGACCCUCGGCAUUUCCUUCUAUGUCCUCAAGGCCUACAGCCCUCUGCCCGCGUCCAUCAAGCAGGAGGAUCAGCAAUUCCUCGUCUACGAAUUCUCCGUCUACGCGCCCUCGGCGUAUCCGACCCUAAAGCAAAAGACCGAGGUCAAGGCGCCAUCGUCCUCCAUCCCCAACUAUACCAAGAUUGCCGCCAAGGAGGGCAAAGGGUCCCCUCAAAAGCAGGGCUCCAAGCUCACCUACGGACCCUUCGACGAGAAGCCCGCGGGCGCCGCGUCUCCCGCAAGUGUCCGCUUCGAGUUUACCAAGUCGGUGCUGCAUAUCGCCGAUCUCGAGCGGGACAUCGAGGUCAGCCACUGGGGCGGCAACGUCGCCUUUGAGGAGCGAUACACGCUCAUCCACCGCGGUGCCAACUUGUCGUCGCCUUUCAACCGGGUCAAGUGGGCGCAGUCGCAAUACUUCAAUCCGGCGACCACGGCGCUCAAGGAGAUGCGCUUCCCGCUCCAGCCCGGCAGCGUGGACCCUUAUUUCACCGAUGCCAUCGGCAACGUGUCGACCUCUCGCUUCCGGAGCAGCAAGCGCGAGGCUCUGCUGGAGCUGAAGCCUCGCUACCCCAUCUUUGGCGGCUGGAAGUACCCGUUCACCAUUGGGUGGAACUCCAACGCUGCCAAUCUGCUGCGCAAGACGGCCUCCGGGGGCUACGUGCUCAAGGUCCCGUUCAUGGAGGGCCCCAAGCAGGCUGAGGGCGUCGAGUACGAGCAGAUCAACGUGCGGGUGUUGUUGCCGGAGGGUGCCUCGAACGUCAAGGUGUACACGGGCGUGCCUGACUCUUCCAUCGUGGAGUCCUCGGUCGGCUUGCACAAGACGUACCUGGACACAAUUGGCCGCACAGCGGUGACUAUCAAGGCGCGCAACCUGGUGGAUGAGUUCCGGGACCGCGACCUCAUCAUCUCGUACGAGACGUCGCUGUUCGAUACGCUGCGGAAACCUUUCAUCGUCUUCACCAGCAUGAUGACGGUAUUCGUGGCAGCGUGGGCCGUGAGCAAGGUGGAGGUCGGUUUUGCGAAGAAGUAAGCGGGACGAAGGCGAGGGAUCGUGGGCCCAUACAUGCAUGCGGGGCUGGAUUUGGGGGACAUGAUCUCGUGGCAUGAACACUGUACCAUCAAUUGGCGUUUUAAAAUGCGAGACACAUGAUAGACUGGAGUUGCUUCUCUCUGGUACGGUUAUUUCGCGUAGCUGGGCAGUCGCCAACUUGGUUUGGGUCGCAAGGAGAGGUCGCCGUGCACGGGACGGGAUCUGCCGAACGUGGUGGCCAUGGAUUGAGGCCCAACGGCUGGAUGUUGACUUACUGUUGCAUGGACGUGGGAGAACGUUGUACAAGCAGCAGGCUAGCUCCUAUUUGGCGUUGAAGAGUCACGAUGGGGCUGACCGAGGGGCG